CAUGCCUCCAAUGAAAGCGAAGUACGGUUCACAGUUUCCUCUCACGAGGAAGCCACCCGCACCAAAAUCACGCCAGUCUCCUUCUCCUAAGCACGCUCCGGUUUCAAUUUUGAGCCCGAGAAUUCGAUGCUGGACACGGAUCCUCAUUCAUUAGGGUUCGAAACCCUAAUUUUGUUUAACUAUUGGUCUCUCUGAAUGGAAUCUGGGAAAAUCCUUGUUUCCCGAGAAAACCCUAGAAACUUCUCGUUCCCCAACACAGGCGCCACCUCAGCCAUGCCCAUUGAAGUCCCUCUGAAACCGACGCAGUCGACGCCGAUACUUGACCGGUUCAGGGCUCUCCACAAGCAGCGCGGCAAUGACGCCUUGUUCUCGAGCCAGGACGAUGGGGUGCCGCCUCCGAGCAUGGAGGAGAUAGUGCAACUCUACGAGUUAGUGCUUGGCGAGCUUACUUUCAAUUCAAAACCGAUAAUUACCGAUUUGACUAUUAUAGCCGGUGAGCAGCGGGAGCAUGGGGAGGGCAUUGCGGAUGCCAUUUGUGCCCGGAUUAUCGAGGCUCCAGUUGAUCAAAAGCUUCCUUCCUUAUAUCUUUUAGACAGUAUUGUCAAGAACAUUGGCCGAGAAUAUGUUAGGUACUUCUCUUCCCAUUUACCUGAGGUUUUUUGUGAGGCAUACAGGCAAGUUCAUCCUAACCUGCAUCCUUCAAUGCGCCACCUUUUUGGCACGUGGUCAAAAGUGUUUCCACCUUCAGUACUUCGCAAGAUUGAGACCCAACUGCAGUUUUCUUCAUCAGUCAAUAAUCAGUCCUCGGGGUUGACUCCAUUGAGGUCUUUUGAGUCCCCUCGGCCAACCCAUGGCAUACAUGUUAAUCCUAAGUACCUACGGCAGUUGGACCAUUCAGCUGCAGAUACUAGCAGCAUUCAACGUGCAAGAGGCGCUUCGUUGACUUUGAACAUGUAUAAUCAGAAGCCUUCCAUUGGAGAUGAUGAGUGCGAUUCUGAUCAUGCAGGACACAUAACUACACAGGUUGGAGCCCAAAGAUUGAAAUCAACUGGAAGUUUGGGUCUUACUGAUGUUAAUAAAAUGCGUCUGUCGUCGACAUCGAGGCUUUCCAGGCCUUUGUCGCCUUCAAGAAUUGGAGCUGACGUGCCUUUAUCUUUAGAAGCUGAUGAAUAUUCAGUAGAUAAUUCUCCUCGAAGGUUUAUUGAGGUAGCCUCUCCUUCUAAUCGAGCAGCAAUUAAUUAUGGGUUUGGCAAAGGAAUUGGGGGAGAUGAGGAGACAAAUGAAUGGCAAAGAAGACACUAUACUGAUGGAGGCCGUUACCCAGCGGGAGCUUCUUUCAGGUACAGCCUUAGCAAUGGAAAAGAUCAUCCAGGACCUAGAGCUUUGAUCGAUGCAUAUGGGACUGACAGGGGAAAAGGUACCUCAAACAGUCUGGAGGCGGAGGGCGAUAAGGUGGGUUCAAGAUCAUGGCAACAUACUGAGGAAGAGGAAUUUGACUGGGAGGAUAUGAGCCCUACUUUAACAGGUCGUGGUAGGAGUAAUGAUUUCUUGCGUUCAUCUGUUCCAACUUUAGGAGGUGUGGGGGCUAGACCUGGCUUUGGGAAGUUGGGUGCUAGUGCUGCUCCAUUGGAAUCUCGUAUUAGGAACGACCGGUCUGGUCAGUUGCAGCAACGUAUAUUGCAUGGUUCUUCUAAUGUCACUGAGGAUGCCGUUCCCAAUUCCGCUCGUGGAUUACCAGAUAAGAUAAAUAGAUUCCCAAGUGAGCCUAACAGGGUUAGCGGUGCUCGCUAUUCUCAAGAAGCCUGGAAUUUUCCUCACCACUUUUCUCAGUCAUCACACCACCUUAAUGCCAAAGGAAGGGUUCCAGAUGCUGACACACAACAUGUCAGGCCUUCAGUUGUGGCAUCAGGAAUGGGUUCUUCUCAUCAUGAUUCUCUAACUGUUGGCAGCCAGUCAGUCGUACCAUCAUCAACAGGAGCGUGGCCUCCUGUUAAUGUACAUAACUUUCAUCCGCCUCGUUCCCCCACUAUUCCUCCCAUGCAGACACAUAUUGAUUAUACAAAUUCUGGUAAUACUGUGAUGAAUCAAGGCUUAAACAAAUCAUUGUUUAGGCCUGAGCAGCAGUAUAAUGGUUUUGGAAGCAAAGGGAUGAGCUCGACAAAGCCACCUUCAUUGAUUGAUCAACAUGCUUCUAUGAACCUGCAAAACCAGGCACAAGAAGGUGCUCCUUUACAGCCACAAUUUAUUGCAUCCCGGGAGGCUCGAGAAAAUUUUCCCUCUGUUUCACCAUCAGCUCCACGAUUCUCAUCGGCACCACCUUUAUAUCGUGGAUACAACCUACAGGGGCAUAAUGCUGCCAUAAGUAUGGUGCCAACAAAUCCAAUACCCACAGUGCAGCUUCCUUUAGUAGCACACAACAUUCCUAACAGCUCCUUUUACCCACAAUGGAGAGGAGUCCCUCCCCUGCCUUCACGUCCCCCUCCUUCUUCUCAAAUGAUAACCAACCUACAAGUUACUGGUUCAAUUGCCUCUAAUCAGCUUCCGGGUAGUGCAUAUUCUGGUCUUAUUAGUACAUUGAUGGCUCAAGGUUUAAUCUCAUUGACAGGACAAAACCCUGUACAGGAGCCAGUGGGACUUGAAUUUAAUGCUGACCUUCUCAAAGUGCGUUAUGAGUCCGCUAUAAAUGCUUUAUACGGUGAUCUUCCUAGGCAGUGCACAACAUGUGGCCUUCGGUUUAGGUGUCAAGAACAACACAGUAGCCAUAUGGAUUGGCAUGUGACUAAGAACCGAAAUUCUAAGAACCGUAAGCAGAAACCUUCUCGUAAGUGGUUUGUCAGUACAAGUAUGUGGCUCAGCGGUGCAGAGGCACUCGGAACUGAAGCAGUUCCUGGGUUUUUGCCAACCCAGACUGUUGAGGAAAAGAAGGAUGAUGAAGAAUUAGCCGUGCCAGCUGAUGAAGAUCACAAUUUAUGUGCGCUGUGUGGAGAACCAUUUGAGGAAUUUUACAGUGAUGAGACUGAGGAAUGGAUGUAUAAAGGGGCUGUCUACUUGAAUGCACCGAAUGGCUCAACAUCUAGUGUUGAUGGGUCUCAGGCCGGUCCUAUAGUUCAUGCUAAGUGUAGGCCAGAUUCUAGUAUAGUUCCCCCUGAAGAUUUUGGACAUGAUGACGGGGGAAAUAAUGAAGAGGGUAGUCAAAGGAAACGAAUGCGCAGCUAACUUUAUUAGAUCAGCUCCUAAGUCUCUGUACCUUCAUUUCAGUUUUCUUCAUCUUAGUCUUAUCAUCUUCUCUAUACUUGUUCUUACAGUAGCGUGGGCCUUGUAUCUUGGUUCCUGCUAGAUUCAUGUAUAUGUAUAGUUGGACUUGUAUCAUUUAUACCAUCUUGCAGGGAAAGGCUACAAUUGUUCUGAAAA